GUUGUUCCCGUCCAGGUGCAAGAGGAACAAUUGAGAAUUGCACCGCUACGCAAAGCACGACACAUCCAGCCCAUUCCAUCGCACAACCAUGAGUGGCUUCCGUGUUCUCGACCUUGUCAAGCCCUUCCAGCCCUACCUCCCAGAGGUCCUUGCUCCUGAGAGAAAGGUCCCCUUCAACCAGAAGAUGAUGUGGACCGGUGUGACGUUGCUGAUCUUCCUUGUGAUGAGCGAGAUCCCGCUCUACGGAAUCACCUCCAGCGAGUCCAGUGACCCGUUGUUCUGGUUGAGAAUGAUGUUGGCCUCCAACAGAGGUACGUUAAUGGAGUUGGGUGUCUCGCCCAUCGUCACCUCGGGCAUGAUCUUCCAGUUGCUCCAGGGCACGCAGAUCUUGUCGAUGGACCCAGAGAGCAAGGACGACAGAGAGCUGCUGCAGGUGGCGCAGAAGCUUCUUGCCAUCCUCUUGUCCUUCGGCCAGGCCACCGUCUACGUCUUGACAGGCAUGUACGGCAGACCGUCCGACCUCGGCUCGGGUGUGUGUCUCUUGUUGAUUCUCCAGUUGGUGUUUGCUGCCUUGAUGGUCAUUCUCUUGGACGAGUUGCUUCAGAAGGGCUACGGGCUUGGCUCCGGUACCUCCUUGUUCAUGUCCACCAAGAUCUGCGAGUCCAUUGUUUGGAAGUGCUUUGCUCCAACGUUGGUCAACAGAGGUAGGGGCUCCGAGUUCGAGGGCGCCAUCUUGGCCUUCAUCCACAUGCUCUUCACCAGAUCUAGCACCAGAGCCGCUCUUGUCGACUCAUUCUACAGAGACAACGCUCCAAACAUGUCCCAGGUCUUCUCCACCCUCAUUGUCUUCUCCCUUGUCGUCUACCUCCAGUGCCUCAGAGUCGACCUACCAAUCAAGUCCACCAGACAGAGAGGUCCUUUCAACGUCUACCCAAUCAGAUUGUUCUACACUUCAAACAUGCCAAUCAUGCUUCAAAGUGCUCUCACCUCUAACAUCUUCAUCAUCUCCCAAAUGCUCUACUCAAGAUUCCCAAACAACUUGGCCAUCAAGUUUAUCGGUACCUGGGAGGCUAAGCAGGGCGGAGGCCAACAGUUGUUUGCCAUCUCCGGCGUCUCCUACUACAUGCAGCCUCCUUUGAACUUGCAAGAAGCUCUUUUGGACCCUAUCAAGACUGUCAUCUACGUCCUCUUUGUCUUGGGCACCUGUGCUUUCUUCUCUAAAACUUGGAUUGAGGUAUCUGGAACUGCUCCAAGAGAUGUUGCCAAACAAUUCAAGGACCAAGGUUUAGUCAUUGCUGGUCACAGAGAAACCUCAGUGUACAAAGAAUUGAAGAAAAUCAUUCCAACCGCUGCUGCCUUCGGUGGUGCCACCAUUGGUGCCUUAUCCGUCGUAAGCGACAUGUUUGGCUGCUUGGGCUCAGGAACUUCCAUCUUGAUGGCUGCUACUACCAUUUACAGUUACUACGAAAUGGCAGCUAAGGAAGGUGGUUUGGUGAAAAGUCUCGGAGCUAACUUUUCGGAAUAAAUGUCUGAAUCUGCUCCCACUACGAUUCACGCCAUAUAUUUGCCAAUAUCCUGCUCGAAAACAGGGUCUAUUUAAUUUUACAAAAAUAAAGGCGGCGUCCCUGUAAAAGCAAAAGGAAGACUUUUAUUUAUAACUAUCUAUAUAAAGAAAGAUAAACUCAAACAUAAUCCCCCAGGCUAGCUCUGGUUCUAUGCGCA